UAUUUUGCCACAGAACAAUGAGCUUGACGUCGUUAACAGCCACGUCCAAAAGUCAGACUCUCUGAUAAGACUCUCCGGGGCAGAUUAGAAUCUGGUUAUUGUGUCACAGUAUUCCCUCUCAUGCCAUGAAAACCGACGUGAAAGCUCGACUGGCCUUUCGUCUCCACACCUUUGCACCCCACGUUACCGUGAACAGCCGCUAGCUAACGCCAACGUGCAACUUCCUGCUUCUGUUACCGUCCGUGGGAGGUCCACACACUGUCACCUACUGUAGCGGUUCGCGGUGCUGCAUAGAUACCUGAAAGCCUCAAGAACAUCAGAAGAUGCCUUAGUCACACAACCCCUGCUUCAGACCAUUUUGCCUAUUUCCUGUCAGGCCCCCCAAUCCCCACCAAGGGGUCCAGGGCAGCAGGGGCCAUGCCGGGCAGCAGGGACUCGCUGUGGCGACUUCUGGUCCCGCUUCGUAUCCGUCAGGAGCGAGUGGUGUUGGCUCGCAGCGAGAGCCUGCCAAGCGACCAGGUGCUGAAGAUCACGGUCACGGAGACCACCGUGAUCAAGGCCGGCUCCGGGGUCUUGAAUCGCCGCUCCCUCGCCUACCUGGGCCUCUGGUAUUUCUUCAGCUUCUGCACCCUCUUCCUCAACAAGUACAUCUUGUCGCUGCUGGAGGGGCAGCCGAGCAUGCUGGGUGCUGUGCAGAUGCUCUCCACCACCAUCAUUGGCUUCCUCAAGAUGUUCGUGCCCUGCUGCCUUUACCAGCACAAGUCCAGGAACGAGUUCCCCCCCAACUUCAUCAUGAUUAUGCUCUUUGUUGGACUCAUGAGGUUCACUACGGUGGUUUUGGGCUUGGUGAGCCUGAAGAACGUGGCGGUGUCCUUUGCAGAGACGGUGAAGAGCUCUGCGCCCAUCUUUACUGUCAUCAUGUCCAGGUUGAUUCUCGGAGAGUACACAGGCCUGUGGGUGAACCUCUCCUUGUUCCCCGUCAUGGCGGGCCUGGCCCUCUGCACGGCCACAGAGCUCAGCUUCAACUUGCUUGGUUUUUCCGCCGCCCUCUCCACCAACAUUAUGGACUGUUUACAGAAUGUGUUCUCCAAGAAACUGCUGAGUGGCGACACCUACAGGUUCAGCCCUCCAGAACUACAGUUUUACACAAGCGCAGCAGCAAUCAUCAUGCUCAUCCCAGCAUGGAUUUUUCUCUUGGAAACUCCAAUGACUGAGAAGAGUGGACAGAGCUUCACUUUCAGUCGAGACAUCGUCUUGCUGCUGCUCUUUAACGGCGGCCUCUUCCACCUGCAGAGCGUCACCGCCUACGCUCUCAUGGGACGCAUUUCUCCCGUUACUUUCAGCGUCGCUAGCACGGUCAAGCACGCCAUGUCCGUCUGGCUGAGCGUCAUCGUGUUCAGCAACCAGAUCACCCUGCUCAGCGCCACGGGCACCGUCCUCGUGUUCAUCGGGGUCUUCUUGUACACCAAAGCCCGGCAGGCCCAAAGGGAGCGCUUGCAGGCCAUGGCUGCUCAACAGAACUACAAACAACUAGCACAGGACCAACAAGACCCUCCGUCUCACUAAAGACUUGAAACGGAAUCAAAAGCUGAGGAUCCAUGCACACUUUCCAGUAAUUCCACUAACUUGUGUAUUUACGUGACAGACAUUUUCUCCAUUCAGUCAGGGAAGAGGACCUUCGAGCCUCUUUCUUUUGCUUCGACGACCACUAAAAAUGGAGAAGCUCAGGGCGUUCGUCUUCUUAAGAAGAGACUUGACCAGCUAAUCUCAUCUGUGGUCCAACAGCUGCCGAAUGUACGCCAGCGGUUUGACGUUGGCGCCUUACAGGCGAGUCUUAAAGCUACGCACACACACAAGGUUCUCCUGUCAAAACACUAGACGUUGAGCACUAUGACACAUUUUUAGAAGACUUGUCUUAAAAAAACAUAUUUCUGUAUUCUGGGAAUGCUUGUCCUCAAACCCCUUUUUCCCAGUGCAUGCUGGGAUUUAAGCUGAAACGUUUGCGUGAGCGAUGUGUCUGGUGCAACUUUCCAAGUAGCCGUGCACAAAAUACUCCGACACAAGGAUCUACAAAAUGUGUCCUUUUUUAUAAAGUGUCUCACGCAUGAAAAUACACCAUACGGGCAAAAGUAUUGAGACACCUGGCCACUACACAUGCAGGGACUAUUUCUUCUUUUGUACUCCUUUAAACUCUAAAACGGGUCAAUUAUACGGACAUGCUCACACUUUUGCAGCGUCUCCUGUGAGGUCCCUAAGAGAGGGCCUGCUUAAAAUGUCUUUGUUAAUCCAUUAAGAGGCGUUUCUCACUACUUUUGUUCAUUUAAAUCCAUUUUAAGGACGCAAGAAGGUGGUGACUGAGCACACGUGCUGUUUUCAUUCUUUCAUACCAAACAUUUGAGCGUCACAUGCUGCACCAAAGGCACCUUAACAACCAAUAAAGCAUUGAAUUAUUUCA